AGCUGUUCAUGAAUACGCCGUGGUGAAGCGAAGGGAGAGGAAGUCAUUUUUUCCUAGAUCAUAGCGCGGCGUUGUCCAUUUAGUGUAGCAAAGUUUUGUGAAAGCAUUUGGUCUAUUUUGUGGUUUGACUGAAAGCGUACAAUGGCUGCUAUCAGAAAGAAGCUGGUGGUGGUGGGGGACGGAGCGUGCGGCAAGACGUGUCUCCUGAUCGUGUUCAGUAAGGACGAGUUCCCCGAGGUGUACGUACCCACAGUUUUCGAGAACUACGUGGCGGACAUCGAGGUGGACAGUAAGCAGGUGGAGCUGGCGCUGUGGGACACGGCCGGACAGGAGGACUACGACCGGCUCCGACCCCUCUCCUAUCCGGACACUGACGUCAUACUCAUGUGCUUCUCUGUAGACAGUCCUGACUCGCUGGAGAACAUCCCUGAGAAAUGGGUUCCCGAGGUCAAACACUUCUGCCCGAACGUGCCCAUCAUACUGGUGGCCAACAAGAAGGACCUGCGCAACGAUGAGAACGUGCGCAAUGAGCUGGCGCGCAUGAAGCAGGAGCCGGUGAAGGGCGAGGACGGGCGCGCUAUGGCCGUGCGCAUCGGCGCCUACGACUAUCUCGAGUGCUCGGCUAAGACUAAAGAAGGCGUGCGGGAGGUGUUUGAGACGGCCACCCGCGCCGCGCUGCAGAAGAGGACGAGACCCGCCCCGGGCUGUGGCCAGUGCUGCAAACUGCUCUGAACUGGUUUCGUCUUUCUUCUGAACUCUUCUGAAAACAGCGAAAAAUCACGACGUGUCCUGCUCCGUCGCUACACACGACCGCACACGCAGAACAGCAGCUGUUGCUGUAAAAAUGGGCGCGUCUCCUUUUUGUGAAGUAUCGAGUUCCUCUAAAGCUCAUGGAGAGGGAGAGGGGACUCUGAAUUGUCCCCUUGCUUGAUACUUUAUGGGAUCGAACGACUUGGGGUUAAAUGGUACACCACCGUACUGGUCUACUACAAGUCGGACUGUGGUGUUUACAGAUUUUAAGCAGACUUCCUAAAUAUGUAUAGGGUCAAAAUUUGACGCCUCUAGUUCUCCUGCUCCCAGACAUGACUAGCGAGAGAGAGACAAAGAAAAAAUGCGUACUGAAACUGUUGCCACGCAGUCCUGCAAAAGCUUGAAGAAAUGCAUGAGGUUGCAUGGAGGAUGGAUGGAGUGGGGGAUGUGGGUGGUUAGGGCCCAGGGCUGUGUUUCAUUGUACUUUUGCUUAAAAUUCAUCUUGCUUUUCAUCACAGCCAGUGAAUUUUGUUGUUAGUUUUUACCAUGCAUUAAGAUGUUGCCGCACAGGUCCCAGAAUAUACAUCAUAUAUACACAAAAUGGCCCAGCCUUGAUUUUGUGAUUUAAACUGGGUUACAAUGCAGUCCAAAUGUACAUAACCUUUUUAAAUUAUUGUUUUGCCAAUCUGUUGAAACACUACUAGUUUUAAAUGCCAGGUUUACCACGAUCAACAUAAUCCCACUGCACUGGAAAAAAAAAACCUGCCAUUCAUUUUUUAAAAAGACUGAAAAAUAACACCCAAUCCCUUGUGUUUGUGUUUCAUACCACUGAGGCACACAGCUUUAGAAUGGGAGAUUGACAAUAAACACAUCUUUUUUCACUUCUUAAUGUCUGUGGUACUUUUGAGUUUGUUUUUAAAAUGAUUUUCACGAUUGACAUGUCGUAAGCUGUCAAGUUUACAAAAACAUAGCAAGUAUUUGACAUGAAUGAAUGUUUUUACAGAACAAAUAUUAAAUGUGCCAUGUAAAUAGAA